AUGAUCCAGUAUAUUAUCGACCAGUUAAAUGGUGGGGAUCUAAAUUUUAAAGACAGCGAUAUAACAGUAUUGGACUUGGGUACUGGCAACGGACACUUUUUGUUUCAACUCAAUAGUGAUCUCGAAGAGGAGUACGAGGGCUCUCAAAAAUUUCACUUUACUGGAAUCGAUUACUCACCUGAUUCGGUCGCCUUUUGUCAAAAGAUUGCUGAAACCAGGGAUUUACAAGGUUUCGAGUUCAAGCAAGUUGAUUUAUUAAAACCCGAUCAGUCAUUUCUCAGUAAUAAGUUCAAUUUGUUGGUCGAUAAGGGCACCUUAGAUGCCAUUGCACUUAAUCAAGAGCCUCUAGUGGAAUUUGAUGGUAGAACAGGCAUGGAAGUUUACGCGGAACAAAUUGUGCAAAUGAUGAACGCUGACUCUAAACUUUUGAUCACCAGUUGCAACUUUACCGAGUCCGAGUUGAUUAAAGUGAUAACUCAGAAGACCAACUUGAGGGUAUGGGGAAAAAUCGAUUAUCCCAGUUUCGAGUUUGGCGGCGUGAAAGGUGCUACAAUUUGUAGUGUAGUAUUCAGUCUUUCCUGA